CCGCCUCCUGUAGCACGGCUGUGGGAGGUUGGAGUUGUCCUGCACUAGGGGGAUCUUCCGCUGGCUGGAAUCCGCCAACCCGUGAGGCAGCAACGAAAUAUCUACGCUGGUUUGAAGUUCCCCAUUGGCUGUUCGUUCUACUGUGACAUCUAGGAAUGGUUGGCAAGAGUUUUGAACAUUGUUCCCUACUUGUGGUAAAUGAAAACAUGGAAAGUCCAGCCCAAGUUGCAAAAGGAAAAGGGGUACGGAAAGCAAAGCUUCCAUCUGUUAAGACUUCAUUCAACAAUCCGUACAGUAUAGAAUGGAUACCCUUGGAAAAGAAUAUCAUGACAUUUAUCCUGGAAAAUCUAACAAAAGCAUUUCAAGAGACUGGCUUGUGCAAAGUUGAACCUAUUGUAAAGCCCAGGAAACCAAAACCUUCCAUGACAUCAAGAAGUCAAGCAGAGAGAAAUAUGGAAGGGAAUAUUGGAGAAAGUGAAGAUCAACAGGAGACUGAAGAGGUCAAAGAAUUGAAGGAAGAGCAUGUGAUGAUCAGCAUUCAAGAACCUAAACAAGGAUGGACUAAUGUGGAGCUUAGGAAACAGUUGGCAAUUGGGAUCAACGAAGUCACUCGGGCUUUGGAGAGAGAUAUGUUGUGUUUGGUUCUGGUGUGUAAAUCAGUGAAACCCCCUUUGAUGACUCAUCAUCUCAUCCAAUUGAGCGUGAGCCGGCAGGUCCCUGCAUGCCAAGUUCCCCACCUGAGUGAAACAGUGGCACCAGUGCUUGGUCUGAAAUCUGUACUUGCAUUGGGAUUUAAAAAGAAUUCAGAAGCUUUUACUGAGACGGUUAAUGCUAUUACUCCACAAGUACCUCCUUUAAAUGUUUCAUGGAUACAGCAAAGUAAGGUAGUUGUAAAUGCUGAAGAACUGGACACAAAUGUGGAAGAUUGCACUGGUGAAAUUCCAAAGCUUGAAGUAACGGAGACUGCGCUUCCCCAAAGUCAAAAGCGUAAAUUCAGUGAAGUGUCAUCAAAUGAUACUCCAACGAGCAAAGCAAUAGGGGUGACAUUGCUGCCUCUGAAAGUAAAGAAGAUAGUUCCAAAUCCAAAUAAAAUUCGAAAGCCAAAAAAGAAUAAGAAAAAUAAGUAAACAUCAGAUUGUGGAAACUUAAAUGUAUACAACUCAUUGGUUGGUUAGUGUCUGUUGACUGAAAAGAUCAAUCGAAGGUGUCAAUUCUUCAUCAGAACUGUUGUAAAUUUCAGAUUAUAAAGGGAUGGAAUAAAGACUGACUUGUCAAAGUUGUUAAAUAUUUAAUGUACCAGCUUGUUAAAACAAGAUGAUUUAAAAUUGUGUUACUCUUUUAUUUUAAGUCCUACAUGGGAUCUGAGCGUGCCUGAUAAGGUUAACAUUUGUGACCCAUUCCUAGCUGUCCUUGAGAGGUGGUGUUGAGUUGUCUUCUUAAACUGCUGCAAAAUUAUUAUAUACAGUUGUAUCCACA